UUCACAAACCCCAAGGCACUCACUGCCGCCACUCCACCCCCAGCCGGUGCUGGCGACCGCCGCCGCUUCCGGCUUGUCGGCGCAGGCCGCGAGCGGGGUCACGAGGCGCGCGCGUCAUGGCCCCGCCUUCGGCGCGCGGCGCCCCGCCCCAUUGGCUGCCGAGAGUCUCUCGCAGCCCUCGGGCCGGCGCGCGUGCGGAAGCGCGCACACACAGGCGGGUUCGCGCUCCCAGCCGGCUACGAGCACCUGACUGGAAGGAUGCGAGACCGAGGGCGGCGUCAGGCUGUGGACCAUCGAGCGGAGGCUCGCCCACCCUGUGACUACAGGCGUCCACCACGUCGAACAACUGAAUCUCGGGGAUCUGGGCCCUCGGUCGCCCACCGCUUUGGGAAUUCCCAGCGUUCUAGAAGUCUGAGGAGUUACUGCACACCGCAGAAAGCCGGACGGCCUCCGCCGUGGGAAUUACGAGUCAAUGGAAAACUACAACAACCCAAUCCAGACAGAACUACUAAUGGCUCACACCCCUCAAGAAUGAAGAUUUGGGUCACCCCACCAGGCAAAGAAUCAUGGCCAGCUGAGGUGCUUGCCAAAGACGAAGGGAAUGCAGAAUGGAUAGUGGAAGAAGUUUCUGUGGAUCAGGGAUCCUUGUGCUUUACCUGGACCCUCUGGCUCAGGAUCUCUCACAAGGUUGUAAUCAAGGUGUUACCUGGGGCUGCAGGUUCAACUGGGGCAGAAUCCACCCAAUUCCAAGUUCUCUCAGUGGUUGUGGGCAGGAUUCAGUUCCUUAAGAUUGUCAAACUGAGGUUUUUAGUUCCUUCCUGGCUCUUAGCUAAAGGCUGCCCUCAAUUCCUUGGAACAUGGACUUUUCCAUAG